UGAUUUGCAAUUUCACUUUGCCUACUUCAUACGCGCAUAUUUUUUAUACAAAAUUAAAUUAAAUAUUCAGAAUUUAGCUUAGCUUGGGAUAUAGCAACAAUGUYGAAUACGCAAGCGACAGUUACUGCAUAUUUAGCAGCACAAAAGAAGACAACAAACAAGGAUCUCGCUGCUGAAUGGACUCUAAUUGAGGAGCUGCACAAUGAAAAGUUGUGGAACGAGCUAACGAUUAAGCUUGUUACAUUUGUGCGCCAUGAAUCGUUGCAGGACGAGAGUGCUCUUCUGCAGCUGUACCAAAAUUUCAUCUCCACCUUCGAGACAAAAUACUACAUGCUUGCCUCACAAUAUUACCGUCGUGUGGGUAAGCACAGCGAAUAUUAUCGUUGUGGCUUGCAAUUCUUGGGAUGUUCGCUGGACGACUACCCUCGCGAUCAAUGGGCACAACAAGCUUUCUUUUUGGGACUUGCCGCACUAUUGGGCGAUGGCGUCUAUAACAUUGGCGAACUGUUGGCGCAUCCCAUUUUAGAGUCACUUAAGAAUACUGAAAACGAGUGGUUGGUUGAGCUGUUAAAGGCAUUCAACAUGGGAGACAUUAACAAAUUUAACGACAUGAAAAAGAUUUGGUCCAAAAUCCCUGAUUUGGCUGCGCAGGAAGUCAAACUACGCCAAAAGAUUUCCCUGCUCUGCCUCAUGGAAAUGACUUUUAAACGUUCAGCCAUCGAGCGUGCAAUUUCCUUCGCAGACAUCGCUAAAGAAACAAAACUGCCGCCCAAAGAGGUUGAGUUUUUGAUCAUGAAGGCUCUGGCUCUAGACCUGGUGCGCGGCGAAAUCGAUCAGGUGGCUGGCGUGGUUAACAUGUCAUGGGUGCAGCCACGUGUUUUGGAUCGCUCACAAAUUGUAGGCAUGGCCAGUACACUGGACACAUGGAUGGGUGCGAUCACAAAUAUGGAAAAACUUAUGGAGAAUCGUGCUGCAGAAAUUCUCACAAAUUGAUAAGUUUCUUUAAUUUCCAUUUACCUGUAUGCUUUUUGUAUUAAACCAACAUGCUUAAUGCAAAAC